UCAUACAAUACGUGUUACGACUUACGAUCUCCCUUAGCAGCCCACCUAUUCAUCCCAAAUUUUAAAAUAUCUUCUUUACCUUCCUUCUCCCCAAAGAAACAAAACUCUCUCUUUUCUUUACUCUGCAGCACAGAUCUGAAGAAAUGCUUGUGUAAGGUAUUGGACAACAUUCACACGCACUAAACCUACAGAAAUGUCGCAAUUCACCCAACAAUUCCUCAACAGCGUGCUCUCGCAGGGCGGCUCGGAGGCGCCGCCCUACGCGGAGGUCAUGAAGUGGCACAUCAGGCAGCACCUGAUGCACCUCGCCGAAGCCUACCCCUCUCUGCAGCCUAAGACCGCCGCCUUCACCCACAACGACGGCCGCGCCGUCAAUCUCCUCCAAGCCGACGGCACUGUCCCCAUGGAUUUCCACGGCGUCACCUACAACAUCCCCGUCCUCAUCUGGCUCAUGGAAUCCUACCCCCAUCACGCCCCCCUCGUCUUCGUCAACCCCACGCGCGACAUGAUCAUCAAGCGCCCCCACCCCUUCGUCUCCCCCAACGGCGUCGUCUCCAUUCCUUACAUUCAUUCCUGGGCUUUCCCCUCUUCCAAUUUGGUCGAAUUGGCUAGGAAUCUCACCCAUUUUUUCGCUCGUGAUCCGCCCUUGUAUUCGCAGAGGAAACCUUUCGACUCUAACCCUAACCCUAACCAUAACAAUUCGAGUUAUGGGAGUAUGAAUUCUUCGGUGGGGUCAACGGCAGCGCGGCCUUCGAUACCCCCGAGGACGCAUUCAUCGUUGCCGUCUCCAACGCCGCCUCCGCCUUAUGGUGGUGGUAGAGAAAUGGAGGAUCCAGCUGAAGUGUUUAGAAAAAAUGCAAUAAAUAGGCUAGUGGAGAGUUUCUACGGUGAAAUUAGGGAGAUGAAGAAGGCGGGGGAAGGGGAAAUGGAAGGCUUAUUUGGUGCUCAAGCCAUGUUGAGGAAGCGUGACGAGGAAUUGGGGAGAGGAUUGAAGGAAAUGCAGGAUGAAAAGGAAGUGUUGGAGCAACAACUGCAGAUGGUGCUGAUGAAUGGGGAGAUCAUGGAAGGAUGGCUGAGAGAGAAUGAAGGGAAAUUGGGAAGUAGAGACUUGAGCAGUGUGGAUGUGGAUGAGGCAUUCGAGCCUUGUGAUGCGCUGUCGAAGCAGAUGUUGGAUUGCACAGCUUCGGAUAUGGCUGUGGAAGAUGCAAUCUAUGCAUUGGAUAAGGCUGCGCAGGAAGGGGCAGUCCCUUUUGAUCUAUACUUGAGGAAUGUGAGGCUUUUGUCGCGUGAGCAGUUCUUCCAUCGCGCCAUUGGUUCGAAAUUGAGGGCUAUGCAAAUGCAGUCGCAGAUUGCUAGUAUGGCUUCCAGGGCUCCACCGCAAUACGUAUUCUCAUGAGCUUGCUUGGAAUAGUUUUGUUCAGGUAUCAGAUUCAUUUUGAACGAGGAAAGGAAUUCUUCAUCUUUUUGUGUUCUUGUAUAUGCUCUGCUUCAUCACUAUUCAUUGAUUGUAUCUAUAGGAAAUGACAAUAAAGUUGGAGAUGCAUUUUGAGAA